AUGUCCUUAGUUUCGGGUCCUGGUAGGGCUGCUGGGACUGAAUCCAGCUUGAACCUUAGUGUCGAAAGACAUGUGGAUUACAUCAAGAACUUGGACAGCAGGAGGGAUGAGCUAGAAUAUUGGCUUACAGAACACCUUCGCCUGAAUGGGGUGUAUUGGGGCUUGACAGCUCUACAUCUCCUUGGCCGCCCCGAUGUCCUUCCUCGUGAAGAUACCAUCGACUUCGUUCUCUCGUGUCAACGGGAGAAUGGAGGCUUUGGAGCAGCUCCGGGCCAUGAUGCACACAUGCUGUACACAGUGUCGGCAGUGCAAAUUCUCGUAACCCUAGACGCAGUGGAUGAGCUGGAGAAGCGCGGUCUAGGAGGAAAAGAGAAGGUUGGCUCGUUCAUCGCAGGGCUACAGGACAAAGACACUGGUGCUUUCAUGGGUGAUGAAUGGGGUGAGAGAGAUACACGCUUUUUGUAUGGCGCGUUUAAUGCACUCUCCCUUCUUGGGCUUCUCCACACAGUUGAUGUACCCAAGGCCAUUUCCUAUGUCCAGCAGUGUGAGAACUUAGACGGUGGCUAUGGCAUCCAACCUGGGGCUGAGUCACAUGCCGGUCAAAUCUUCACUUGCGUAGGAGCUCUGGCAAUCGCCGGACGACUGGACUUGGUAAACAAGGACCGUCUUGGGGGCUGGCUCAGCGAAAGACAGGUUGAAAAUGGUGGUCUGAACGGAAGGCCUGAGAAACUGCCCGAUGCAUGCUAUAGCUGGUGGGUUGGUGCGAGCUUGGCUAUGAUCGACAAACUCCACUGGAUCGAUGGUGGCAAGCUCUCUGCUUUCAUCUUGCGCUGUCAGGAUUCGGAGGCUGGGGGCAUCGGAGACAGACCAGGCAGCAUGGUUGAUGUGUUUCACACCCACUUUGCCAUCGCUGGUUUGAGUCUGUUGAAGUUCAAUGGCAUCCAAGAAGUAGAUCCAGUCUAUUGUAUGCCGAAGGCAAUUACACAGAAAUAUCUGCAACGGUAAUCUUUGGCUGUAUGAUGACAUCACACCUCUUGAGUACUUUUUCUUGACGUAGGCCUCACCUCCUGCAAUCUAAUAACCCGUUUUUCUUUUUUACCAUGGAUUAUGGGAUACAAGGCAGGAGAAGAGUGAUUGGCACUGUGACUUAUUUCCGCUUCAUACCCCCUCACAAUAGCCUUACGGAAAGGCUGUUAAGACACAGUGGCACAUGAACCGUAAUUAUAGUCAAGAUAUACAGUAGCUAGUUAAUCAACAUGGAAG